ACAAAUGGAAGAGCAGGGCCAGCUGCUGCUUCCACUUGUUUUUGACACAGCCAUGUUCCCUAGUAAUCACAAACAGACACCAUGGUGCAUCUGAGUGCUGAGGAGAAGGCUGCUGUUUCCAGCCUUCAGGGCAAGGUGAAGGUGGAUGUUGUUGGUGGUGAGGCCCUGGGAAGGCUGCUGGUUGUCUACCCUUGGACUCAGAGGUUCUUUGACUCCUUUGGGGACCUGUCCUCUCCUGAUGCUAUUAUGAGCAACCGCAAGGUGAAGGCCCAUGGCAAGAAGGUAGUGAACUCCCUUAUUAAUGGCCUGAAGAACCUGGACAACCUCAAGGGUGCCUUUGCUAAGCUUAGUGAGCUGCACUGUGACAAGCUGCAUGUGGAUCCUGAGAACUUCAAGCUCCUGGGCAACGUACUGGUGUGUGUGCUGGCCCGCCACUUUGGCAAGGAAUUCACCCCACAGGUGCAGGCUGUCUUUCAGAAGGUGCUGGCUGGUGUGGCCAAUGCCCUGGCCCACAAAUAUCACUAAGCUCCCUUUCCUGUUUUUCAGGAAUAGUCCCUUGGUCCCCAGAACCCAACACCUGAACUUGGGGAAAUUGUAAAGUGCUUUGAGCACCUGGCUCUUGCCUAAUAAAGAACAUUUCUUUUCACUGCAA